AUUUUUAGCCUUAAGGGGUGUCUUCUAACGAGGUCUGAAUAUACUUUUUUUAAGUUUGCCAAAGCUAAGCCAAUAGUUUUAACCCCAAAAUCUGGUUUGUGGUAUAAGAUGCGUGAAGCUUGUUGGAAAAUUAGUCCAAUAUUAUUGGCUUUAAAUAAAAAUGAAGAAGAGUUAAUUUUGGAAGAAAAUGAGGAUAAUAAAGGGGAGAAAAGUUUAACAGAAAAUUUGGAAUUAGAAAAAAAAUUUUUGGACAAGAGAAUUGAAAAUACAAUAAAAUUGUUUGAUGAGGAAAAAUAUGGGAAAGUUUUGGGAAAAAAUCAAAGUGAAGCAAGUGAAAAAAUCAAAGAAAAAUUAAAUGAAGGAAAUGAAUGUAUGUCAGGCAGUGUUUUCCAAAUUUAA